AUGCUAUUCACUACUGAUUCAUCUGUUACUGACAAAGGAUUUCAGCUUCGAUUGAGUGCCGUUUAUGCAAUUGAAGAUCCCACAACUAACCCACCCCCGCCUGGCGUUACUGAUACACCAAUUUCGACAGUUCGUCUUGUGAAUGGUGGCGGGGCGCACGAAGGUAGAGUAGAAGUGUACCACGAUGGACUUUGGGGAACCGUAUGUGACGAUUUCUGGGACAUGGUAGAUGCACGUGUUGUCUGCAGAAGCCUGGGCUAUAGUGACGCCAGCUCGGCCCCUCGGCAUGCCCAUUUUGGAUAUGGCAAUGACCCCAUUUGGAUGGAUAACGUUCACUGUGCGGGCUAUGAGGAACACAUUUUCGAUUGUCCGCAUAAUGGUUUCGGAAAUCAUAACUGUAACCAUGGCGAAGAUGCCAGUGUUAUUUGCAUACCUGAUCUUCGUCUUGUGAAUGGUGGCGGGGCGCACGAAGGUAGAGUAGAAGUGUACCACGAUGGACUUUGGGGAACCGUAUGUGACGAUUUCUGGGACAUGGUAGAUGCACAUGUUGUCUGCAGAAGCCUGGGCUAUAGUGAUGCCAGCUCAGCCCCUAGACAUGCCCAUUUUGGAUAUGGCAAUGGCCCUAUUUGGAUGGAUAACGUUCACUGUGCGGGCUAUGAGGAACACAUUUUCGAUUGUCCGCAUAAUGGUUUCGGAAAUCAUAACUGUAACCAUGGCGAAGAUGCCAGUGUUAUUUGCAUACCUGAUCGCGAGAUCGUGAAGAUCAAUGAGGAGGUGGUGUAG